CCAUCUGAACCAUCUCUUUGAGAGAAGUUCCUUCUCUCACCUCACCUGAAGAGACAGUCAGUGUUCUGAGUGUACUCGUCGGGAGGAGGCGCUGUCCCAGCGCUCUGUCUCCAUUAUUUUUUUUCCGCGUACCUUCUUUUUUCUAUGCGUCGGAUUUUAUCACGAGAAACCCCAGGCAGAGGUUGGAAAAAGAGCAGUCGAAGCCAGUGCAAUAUGUGAUCGAGGCUUUUGAAGCCUCAGAAAGCUUCGUUCGUGGUUGGUGGUUGAAAUAUUCUUUGGCCACGACUUAACAGAGAAUCUUUACAUUUUUCUGGGAAAAAAUCAGUCGGUGAUAAUAUUCGUUGUUUGGAUACGUUUCUACCAGUACGUCGAAAUCACCAUGAAGAUGGCCCGCAGAGGGGGCGCUGACCCAACGCCCAUUUGCCGCUGUCGGGUGCUCUACCUGGGCUCCUCCGUGCCCCAGGUGACCAAAGACGGCCUGCAGGGCAUCCAGGAACCCCUGCGGGAACUCUACCCGGCCGAGGGAGCCGUCAGCGCCCGUGGCAUCGACUCGUGGCUCUCCGUCUGGUCCAACGGCCUGCUUCUGGAGAACGUCGACGAGAACCAGAAAAAAGUGACUCGCUUCUUCCCCAUCGAGACCCUCCACUACUGCGCCGCCGUGAGGUACGUGGUGGUGUCCGGGGGCGGGGGCGGCGGCGAAGGGGCCACCGUCCCGCGGUUCCUGCCCCUGGACUCGCCCUUCGCCCGCAACCCCAACAUCAACCAUCCGCCGCUCUUCGCCUGCAUCAUGCGACGCACGAUGGGCAUCAAAGUCCUUGAGUGCCACGCCUUCAUCUGCAAGAGGGAGACGCCCGCCAACGCCCUCGUCAGGUGCUGCUUCCACGCCUACGCCGACUCCAUGUACGCCCGCACCCUGGAGAGCGGGGGCACGAACAGCCAGUACGGCUCUGUGUACGGAGGGCGUGCCACGGAGGAGAGGGUUAUCGAGAUCGAGGAUUUCAGCAGCUCCGCUUCGGAGAUCAUCCCGGCCUCCAUAGGGUCGUCGCCCACGCAGGAGGUGCCGGCCUCCCCGACCUCCCAGGACUCCCCUGGGGACGAGAUUUCCAUCUACAACGGCGACGAGAACCACAAGGUCUGGGCAGGACCUCCCAAAUCGGAGACGGAGCUCAUCUACUCGGAUUACUCCUCGGGCACCCUCCGAUCCGCGCGUUCCACCUCCUCUCUCUACGGAACGACUGGGGCGAGGCGCCCCACCCGUCCCCGCCAGAUGAUUAUGCCCUCCGUGGCGCCUCCUCCUCCCCCGCCGCCCUCCGAACCCGAGAAGGAGAAGAAGGGGAAGAAGCUCCUGAAGGGGAAGAACCGCAGAGACGACGAUGAAAUGAGCAGGAUCACCAACGGUGGAGGAGGCGUUCCCAUUCGACCUGGAAGUCUCGUCAACGGCGCCAACGGAGCGAUGCGCUACACCAACGGGAGCCUCCCUCGACACAUGAACGGGCACGGGUCCCCUCCCAAGGGCAAGGGAGGCAAGUUCCCCAAGGGCAUGAUCCAAGGCAGCAGCAGUUUGUCCGACAGGAAGGGGAAAGGCAUGAGAGGUCCCCCUCCCUUCAUGAUGAUCCAGGGCCCGCCACCAAGUCCUCACAAUCAUCCUGGACCACCGGGUCCUCCUGCAGCAUUCCACGGACCGAUGGGACCCCCUCCGCCGCCCAUGGUCCCGCCCAUGGGCCCCAUGCCCCCGCCGCACAUGAUGCCCAUUCACGGCCCACCUCCUCCUCUUCAGAUGAUGGGUCCAUCCGGUCCGCUGCCUCCACACGCCAUGAUGGCGCCCCCAUUAGGGCCCUAUGGUCCAAUGGCCCCGGGGCCAGGUCUCCGCCCACCAUCGCGGGUGCUGGAGGAGCCCAUUUACAUGCCCUCGUCCCGCCCGCUGAGCCCAACGGCCUCGUACCAACCGGGCCACUUCCCCCACGAGCAAUACCUCAUGCAACAGUACGCCACGACGGGGAGACCCAAGCACAAGAAGAAGAAGAAGGGCUCCUCCUCUGGAAAGAAGGAACUGGACGAGGACAUCUACGGCAGGAAGGGUCACCUGAACGAGAGGGCCUUCUCCUACAGCAUCCGGGAGGAGCACCGGUCCAGGUCCUACGGUUCCCUGGCGGGUAUCGGGGAGGACUCCAUGAGCAAAAAGGACAGGGAGAUCAUGCAGAUGGUGGCUGACCUGGACUUGAGUGGGGACGAGUUGGAGAGAGUGGAGGCUCGGCCCGGCGUUUAUCGGCCGCCCCACUCCGAUCGGCUCUCGGCUUCCGGCACCAUCACUUCCAGGCUGUCCAGGGCUUCGCGCCGAUAAUGAAGUCUACUCCAGAAUAUAAUGUGUGGAGGAGCCGACAUUAGAGUGAACCACUUUACUACUAUGACAAUCAACGGUCUAUUAUAAGUAGACCUACUCAAAACCAUGAAAUGAUUUUUAUUUUAUAUAACGUAUCAUUUUUUAAGCGAAACGAGAUUGCUAACUGCAGUCUGUCUGUGUGAAUAUGAAGUGUGUCAAAAGAUUGAGAAUCGGUUAUAAAAGAGAAUAAAUAAAUGGAAAGACUUAUAACUGGAGUUAUAUCAGAGUAGCCGAGUUACACUUUGAAAGUUGCUAGUACCAUUUUUUUUAGGUAAAAUAAUCGUCAUUUGUUUAAUUUUGGUGCAAAAAUACAUAUUUCCCGUGAUGUAUUAUCACAUAUAAAGCAUAGAUUACUAUUUUUUCGCGCCUUAUUGGAGAAAAAUAUGGCUACUUGGUGCAUAUAAUAAGCAACGUUAACAUUCAUAUUGGCUAGACCUUAUAACACCUCACUAACGAAACUUAUGGAGUUUCAAACGAAACUAACAAUAAUUCUAACGAAAAGAACUUUGUAGAAUAGCUAUUAUAGGUUCAACUUUGUCCCAGUCACAAAGAUGAAUUCCAAGAGUAGUUAUUCUUUAUAGAAAAUUCCCCGAUACCGGCUAUGGUAUCAUCGGAACAUAUGUCUCGUGUUCGUCACGGCGGCGCCUAGACCUAUGUAGAAUGAUCAAACGUCUUUUAUUCAUCAUAAUGACACAUCAAACAAAUUAGCUUUAAUUUCAGGAUGUUUAAGAAAAGUGGAUAUUGAUUCAAUCAAAUUAAUUCGUCAUGGGUCUAAUUUAUGGGAAGAUUUCAUUACUCGAUAACCGGUUCUCAUCUCUUGAUUCACACGAACUAUUAUUAUAAUAAAAGUCUAGUUAUUUAGUUAUGGUAGUUUCCGUGCCAUUUAAUUUAACAACCUGUUCUCCUGCCUCGUAUAAAACCGAAUUUUAUAUUUUGAUAUUAAAAAAAAGAUAUAGUACUACUAGUACGAGUCUUCAGUGAACCAAAACAAAUUCGGUUUUGGAUCGAAGUUUAGUGAGUUGCGCGAGAGAGAAUGUGCAUAUGACGCUAUUUCUCUCUCAGUUUUAAUCAAAAUGGGUAUAAAAGUAACAAAUAUAUUAUAAAUAUAUUAAAAUUACAAAUGAAAAUGUCAGCAUCUCAUGUUUCGUAAAUUCCAGAGAGGAAAAUAUGGCUGGUUUGGUCUGCGUGUUCCAAACCUUCAUCUUUUGAACUUGACAAUAUGGCGCUUAUAUGACGCAGGAGAUCCGAUAGGCUCGAUUAUUUUGUAAUUUAAAAAUGGCUCGCACGUAUGUCGAUGUUGUAAUUGCGCUGUAUAUAUAAUAAUAUGUUUAAAAUGUUAUUUUUUUCUCUCUCUUUAUAUCGUAUGUUAAUGAUAUUAGGCCAAUGAGGGUAUAUAUAGACUAGUGGACUAACUUGGAGCGUAUACGCCUAAUCCAAUUGAGUUAUCAUGAUAUUUUCAACUUAGAAGUCUGACUUUACUCUAUCUUGAAGUGUCUUGUAUGAUUUAGCAGUAAUUUGCACCUUCAAUUUGUUUUAGAAAUUGAAGUGGAAAUGAAAUAAAUACUUGAAUAUAUAUAUAUAGACUCUAGACUCAUGUCUCCUCUGAUCUUCCGUGAGCCACAGAAUGUAGACGUGGUCUUACUUAGGCCUAAAGACCAAGUUUACAUUUUUCGAUUUUUCACAUAUUCUUAUUUUUAACUUGCAAUAGAGAUCUUUGUAUAUUUUUAAGUGACUAUUCUAUUAAACAGACUUAGAACAAGCUUUAAAAUAUAUAUAUUUGUUCAGCAUUUGUUUUUUUUGGUUUGAAUAUUGUCAGGCGCAUUUUGAUUAACGGAUUAUCUUGCUCAAAAAAUAUAAUAAAGACGCCUGAUAUAUAUAUAUAUAUAUAUAUAUAUAUAUAUAUAUAUAUAUAUAUAUAUAUAUAUAUAUAUA